UAACUUGGGCCCAAUAGGGAGAUGGCUCCUGCAAAGAAGGGCGGCGAGAAGAAGAAGGGCCGUUCUGCCAUCAACGAGGUGGUGACCCGAGAAUACACCAUCAACAUUCACAAGCGUAUCCAUGGAGUGGGUUUCAAGAAGCGUGCUCCUCGGGCACUGAAAGAGAUCCGGAAAUUUGCCAUGAAGGAGAUGGGGACUCCAGAUGUGCGCAUUGAUACCAGGCUCAACAAAGCUGUCUGGGCUAAAGGAAUAAGGAAUGUCCCAUACCGUAUCCGUGUGCGGUUGUCCAGAAAACGUAACGAGGAUGAACAUUCACCAAACAAGCUCUAUACUUUGAUUACUUAUGUACCUGUUACCACCUUCAAAAAUCUGCAGACGGUCAAUGUGGAUGAGAACUAA